CGAGCCGAGGCGCCGCCGCCGCUCCCUGCCCGCGGCCUGGGCCGGCCCGCGGGGAGGAGGCAGCUGAGGGGGCGGCCGGGCUCCCGGCUCUGUCCAGGGUCUCCUGAGAUCUCCCGGACGCCGGACAGGAGCUCAGGGUAGCGCAUGUGACAGUAGGAGGAAUCAGAGUAAAACUUAAUAGCCAUGGCAGCACGCUGGAGGAGAGUCCUGGUAAUAUUUGUGGCAGCUCAAGUACUAUUUGUGGCAAAGACCUUUGAGGAAGAGGAUGUACCUGAAGAAUGGCUGCUUCUUCACGUUGUUCAAGGUCAGAUUGGAGCAGGAAACUACAGUUACUUGAGACUAAAUCACGAGGGAAAGAUAGUACUUCAGAUGCAGAGUUUAAAAGGUGAUGCAGAUUUGUACGUAUCUGAUAUAACUCUUCACCCCAGCUUUGACGAGUACGAAUUACAGUCCGUAACUUGUGGCCAAGAUGUUGUCCACGUACCAGCACACUUCCGCCGCCCAGUGGGAAUAGGGAUUUAUGGUCACCCCUCUCACCUGGAGAGUGAGUUUGAAAUGAAGGUCUACUACGAUCGAACAGUUGUACAGUAUCCUUUUGGCGAGGCUUCUUACAACCCAGAGGAGAUGGAGGCAAACCAGAAAUACUCACACACCACAGAAGAUGAAUCUCAGGAUGAAGAGUCUGUUUUCUGGACUAUACUUAUUGGAAUCUUGAAAUUAAUACUUGAAAUUCUUUUUUAAAUUCAUACACACUGGACUAAAUCAAAUUUCAGCCUGUGAAAUUGAACAUUAAUAACUUUGUGUAAUAUUUAAUACUCUUUGUUGUGUUUCCUGAACCAGAAAGAAAGUGGGGGAUGAGGGGGAAAAAGCCAUAUUUGAUUUUAUAUUGUAAAAUCCUGCCCUACAUGUAAAAUGAGCAGCAAGCACAGUAUUUGCAGUAUUCAACUUUAGAGAUCAGGGCUUAAAGAUGAAUGUAGAGUUUGGAAUCUCUGAACAGGUGCUUAGGAAAAAAAAUCAGCCCUAAUCCUUUAUUUUCUAUCAUUAUUUUAUAAAGAGCAAAAUACAAACAGCUGCACUUCAGUGCCCCCUCUCAAUCUCGAGCAUAUUUAAAAUCUACUCUUUCUCUGCCAGGUAUCUUCAGUAAAACUAAUUAGCAGUGGCUUUAGAGUGCAGUCAAGCUGAGGAGCCGACUCAGGCUCCACUAGGGUGACAGAAGGGAAAACCAAACAAACAAUCACCUAAGGGGACAGAUGGUCUGUAUUUUGACUGCUUGUGCUCUGCAUCCCAUCAACCAUCUGUAAGCAGAAGCCUGUCCGGUCACUCAGCACCUCUGCAAAUCCAUGACCUGAAUCGAGUACAUGUUACUUCGAUAUUACUAUAGGGAAGGGAAGCCUUCAGCUGUUGUUACUUGUCAAUAUGACAUUCUCAUUCCUCAUUGAAGGCAAUGCGGUAUAUAGGAUAUUAAGCUUGAGAGGUUUUUACACAUCCCUUUACAGCUUUUUGUGAUUUUUUUUCUUUUCAAAAGAUGUUUACACAAUCUUUUUUUUUUUUGGGGGUACAUUUAUAUGAACAAGUCCUUAGCUUGCAAAGAAAAUUUUUGCUGAAAGGAAGUUGCAGUAUAUUGUAAGAAGGUCAGAUCAUGCUCACUCUUCCCUGAAAGUUAGUUUUUCCAGGAGUAUUUUUUGCUUUGGUUGAGUCUUUCAAGAUAAGCAAUUGCUAUGCAAGUAGUGUAUAUUUAAAAUUGCUCUGUAAUUUUCUUUUCACAGAGCUUACUGAUGAGUGCACUGAAAUAAACAAGAAUGUUACUAUAAUUUUAUACAAACAGUGCAUGUACAAUUUAAGUUUCAUUAGUGAAAGCCUUUUCUUUUUCAGUGGGAAUCUGACUUCUCUGUCUAGAUAGCUGACAGGACAUGAUUAGUGACUUUUAUAUCACAAAAAUAAUUAUAUAGCCAAAAUUAAGAGUUUAUUUGGUAAAAAGAAAAAAAAAAGUGGUAUUGUUCCUCUUAAAGUGGUUGGUUAAAUAGCACCAAAAUAUCACUUUAAUUUGUGCAGUUAAAUUUUGGACAGCAAGUUGUUUUUGUUUUUUUAAGGGGGGAGAGUGGGGCUUAGCCCUCCUUGCUGUUUUUCCCCCUUCUUCCUCCUCUUCUGGGUACGGGAGAGUCUUUCUGACAACAAUCACAAAUCCAGCGACCUAAGAAAAGAAAGUUGUCAAUUAUUGGGAAGCUACCUUUUUUAUUCACUCAUCUAGUUAUGUACCUUUCACUAUUUCAGUAGGUGCUCAUCUAUUCCUAGUACUUCCUUUCAUGUACACAACCAGUGUUUUUCUUUAAAAUUCAAGCAUCUUUUCUAAAAGGUACAGAAAGCACCAUGUCAAAUUCACCAUCCCUUGCAGACUCAGUGCAUGUAACAAUUGGCUACACUUAUGUUUAUGGGGCUCAAGGAGUUAAGUGCCAGCACUGCUAAUGCAAUGGUUAUUAGGAAAGAAGAGACAAACCAUGAGGUUGCAAGUGAAGAUUUUCAGAUGAGUGGCCACAGUUCAAGGUUAUGGGCAGUAACUCACAGCAGUAAUGAAUGGCAGUUGGAGAAUGUUGCUAUUGUGCCACAGGGUAGUGGGUCCCAUUCCCCAAACCAGCGUCAGUUAUUUCAGUGCAGUCAGGCAGCACAGAUUAAACUGCUGGCAGAAGUUCAGCACUAGACCUUGUACUAAAACCCAUUUAUGGAGGGAACAAUAAAGGGUUGAGCACAGAUAUUAACUAUUUAUAUUACAACAGCUGGAAUCAUAAAAGCUGCUUUGCUUUUUUUUUUUUUUAGUUUUGUAGGACUAUAAUUAUUUUGCUUAGAUUCUGUCUGUAGGUCAGUCUGAAAGUCGAGUCAACCACAUAACCUGGAGUAAAGCAACAGCAAGCUCCCUGUGCUUCUCUAAAUGGGAUAUACAAUAUAUUUGAGGUAGUAGUUACGAGGAAUAUUGUCACCAAGUACUUUAUCAUGAGCUUACUGGUGAUUUAUUUAGUGUCACUGCUAUCAGUCACUUACAUCUGAAGUCUUCUUUACACUGCCUUGAGUUGGCCAGGUGAUAUGAGUGGCCAGGUAAUUUAGAAGUACAGGCUACCUGACACUGAGGUACUUCCAGCUUUUACAUUUAAGAAAAAAAUGGGAACGAAGGGGUUUAAAAAUGUUUACAAAUGCUAAAUUGAGCAUACUUUUAAAUUUAGAAACUGAAAUAACAAACUUCGUUAAUGUGAAAGCUAUUAUCCAGCAAUAUGCAGCAAUACAGGCCUCUUUACAUGUUUCUUUUAUGAAAAGAGGUAAUUAUUCUCAGUAUUCUCUGGAAAUAUUAGAAAAAAUCGCUCUGAGGGAGCCUGUUUGGAUUCUGUUGUAAAAGCCAAUUAUAUUUCCUAUACAGGAAAUGCCAGGUUAAACUGUGCAAAACCAAAUACACAGAAAUAAAGCUUAUUAAAAAAAAUUCUCAA